GUUCUAUUUUCUCCAACCAACCCAGCUUUUCCCUCCCUCCCAACAAAACACGAGUUAACAUUUUUUAGCCCUUUCCUUAAUUCACCAUGUCUGACUCAGAGGAUGAUCUCCCUCUAGCAAAGCGUGCCGUGCAAAUUAAAACGAGUGCCUGUAUGUGGAAAACAAACUCCAGUGCAUUAUGGCUCGCCAGCACCGCUUCCCAUGAGUGAAGACACGCCUGAUCCAGCCAAUGCACGGACUUCCACUAUGGUAAAAACGGAAGAGGUCGACAGCGACGACGACGAUGUUCCAUUGUCAAUGCGAUCAAGCAACAACGCGAAGCGGAGUGCUACUGCCGUCGUCAAGGCUGAAAGUGACGAAGACGACGAUAACAUACCUCUGUCCAGAAAGCGCAAAAAGCUUUUUCUUAAAAAGGUCAAGAAAGAGAAUGGCUCUCCUGCACCUGCACCUGUUGCAGCGACACUCAAACGUUCACGAGCACCAAUCUCAGACGACGAAGAGGAUGCAAAACCCCUUGCGAAACGUGGCAAAGUCAAAGUCAAAGCAGAGCCUACCACUGCUUCUUCUUCUUCUUCUUCCUCCGCGAAGAAAGCCAAGGUGAAGAAGGAAGAGAAGAAAAAGGAAGAUGAAGACAUCUACAAAUGGUGGGAGGCCUCGUCGUCGGCAGGUGGGGACAAGGACGAAGAGGCAGACGGGUCUAUCAAAUGGACGACACUGCAGCACAACGGCGUCUUGUUCCCACCUGUCUAUGAGCCGCAUGGUGUCAAGAUGAAGUAUGACGGAAAGCCAAUCACGCUGUCUCCAGAAGCAGAGGAGGUCGCCAGUUUCUUUGCGGCAUUGUUGGAGUCGGACCAUGCUAAAAACCCUACUUUCCAGAAGAACUUCUUCCGUGAUUGGCAAGACGUGCUCAAGAAGGAACCGCGAAACCCCAAGAUCACUUCCUUUGACAGAUGCGACUUCCGACCGAUUUGGGAAAAGUUUGAAAAAGACAGAGAGAAAAAGAAGCAGAUGACCAAAGAAGAAAAGCUGAAAAUCAAAGAGGAAAAGAACAAAAUCGAGGAACAGUUUCUUUACGCGUACGUCGAUGGUCGGAAAGAGAAGGUUGGAAAUUUCAGAAUCGAACCGCCUGGAUUGUUCCGUGGUCGCGGUGAUCAUCCAAAAACCGGCACUUUAAAGCAACGCGUGGCUCCAGAACAAGUUACGCUCAAUCUAUCUGAAGAUGCAAAGAUACCAAAGCCACCAGCUGGUCACAAGUGGGCCGACGUGGUGCACGAUCAAACCGCCACUUGGCUUGCCACAUGGAAGGAAAACGUUAAUGGAACGAUCAAGUAUGUGUUUUUGGCCCAAUCAUCGGCCUGGAAGGGUCAGAGCGACAUGCAAAAGUUCGACAAGGCCCGAGAACUCAAGAAAUACGUAAAACAAAUCCGUAAAGACUAUACAAAAGAGCUCCAUGAUAAGGAGAUGGCCAAGCGACAGCGUGCCACGGCCAUGUACUUGAUUGACCGACUUGCACUUAGAGCUGGCAAUGAAAAGGGCGACGAUGAAGCAGAUACUGUGGGCUGCUGUUCGCUGAGAUACGAGCAUAUUCAGCUAGAGGCACCAAAUACCCUGCAUUUCGAUUUCUUGGGUAAAGAUUCCAUUCGAUACCAAAACUCGGUCCAAGUCGAAACCCAAGUGUUCAAAAACAUCAAGCUUUUCAAAAAGCAAGUCGGUCCUGGCAGCAUGAUUUUCGACCGGUUAUCAACCACAGGACUGAACAAACAUUUGAAUUCGUGCAUGCCUGGCUUAUCUGCCAAAGUAUUCCGUACCUACAAUGCAUCGCACACAUUCCAACAGCAGCUGGACAAGCUGACGCGCAAGGAGGACACUCUGCCGGACAAGAUGUUAUCGUUCAACCGAGCCAACCGCGAUGUGGCCGUGCUAUGUAACCAUCAGCGAAGCGCCUCGAAAUCACAUGGACAGAUGAUGGAGCGCCUAGGCGACCGAACGCGCGCCCUGAAAUACCAACGCAUGAAACUGCGCCAUAUGCUGUUUGCGCUAGAGCCUUCGUACAAAAAGAAGUCCGAGUACAAUGAGCCCGAAUCGGACAUGGACGACGAGUGGAUCGCCAAGCAUGAGACCGAGCUGAUGGCCAAAGAACGUGAAAAGGCCAAGACCAAAUUUGAGAAGCAGAAUGAAAAGUUAAAGGCCGAGGGCGAAAAGGAGCUGCCGGCGUCGCAUCUGAAGGAAAGCCUAAAGGCAGUGAAUGAACUGGAAGCGCGGCUGGCCAAGGAACGUAAAAAGGGAGUGGCAGAGCCAAAGGGCAAGAUGACGGCGGAACGUUGCAUCACUGGUAUCGAAAAGAUGGAUCAACGUAUUGCUGCAAUGAAGAUUCAGGCGACAGAUAAGGAAGAAAACAAGGAAAUUGCCUUGAGCACGUCCAAGAUGAACUACAUUGAUCCUCGCAUUAGCGUUGCAUGGAGUAAGAAAUAUGAUGUGCCCGUGCAAAAGGUCUUUAACAAGACGCUUCUUGAGAAAUUCAGAUGGGCGCAGGAAGUAACUGCAAAAUGGAUAUUUUAGAGAGUUUACGACAACCACAAACAAACAACUACUAUUACUUUUAGAAAAGGAAC